UAUACUAGUGGAAGCCGGUGUCUGUGAGUCAUCGCCGCUCGGACAGACAACUUGUUUCGAAUCGCUAUUCAGAAGCCUCGCAGAUUCUUUCGGAUUUAUUAGGAACCAGGAAUUUCUCUCUCAUUGCCCGACAGGAUUGAGAUGUUACAUUUUAGGUCCUCGACACUGCUGAAGGAGUUGUUUGAAGCCACCCUCAAGCGUCCCUUUCCCGUCUACCGAGAGAAGACCUGGUUGCCGACAGGCUCCCGCUGCCUCGGCGCCACCUCCGUUGAUGCCAGAGUCACAUCUGCUCCUCUGAAGCUCCUCAAUGCCGCCGCGCACCGCCCGGCUCUCCGCACCGCGCCCCGCGCCGCCUCUCUCCGCUCCUACUGCGUGAAAACCGAAGCCGAGGAGGUAGAGGAGCAGCUGAAGAAGGAUGGAGCCGGCGGCGAAGCGGACAGCGACAAGAGAAGAAACGCAGGGAUUCUCCCAAGUUUGGAGGAUUUGCUUUUCUACACAGUGGCCGAAGGUCAAGAGACGAUUCCUGCUCACAAAUUUCUCACAGCACUGAAAGCCACGGGGCUUCGUUCCGGAGAUCCCCGACUGAAGGAGUGCAUGGAAACACUGAAAGAAACUCUAAAGAAGACUUCAGAUGGCGUUACACUGGACAGGCACCUUUUCAAGAAGUGUGUCCAGAGCAACAUUGUCCUGCUCACUCAGGCCUUCCGCAAGAAGUUCGUCAUCCCAGACUUCCAGUCCUUCACCUCCCAUAUUGAUGAGCUGUAUGAGAAUGCCAAAAAUCUCACUGGAGGGCAGGUUGCAGACUACAUUCCUCAGCUGGCCAAGUUCAACCCCGACCUGUGGGCGGUCUCUCUGUGCACGGUGGACGGGCAGAGACAUACGGUGGGAGACACUAAGGUCCCCUUCUGCAUGCAGUCUUGUGUGAAGCCUCUGAAGUAUGCUGUCGCCGUGCACGACCACAGCACGGAGUACGUGCACAGUUUCAUCGGGAAGGAGCCCAGCGGCCUCCGCUUCAACAAGCUCUCCCUGAAUGAAGAUGAUAAGCCGCACAACCCGAUGGUGAAUGCUGGCGCUAUUGUUUGUACUUCACUCAUAAAGCAAAGUGUAAGCAACGCAGAGAAAUUUGACUAUGUCAUGAACUUUCUGAAAAAGAUGGCGGGAAACGAGUAUGUGGGUUUCAGCAACGCCACAUUCCAGUCUGAGCGUGAGUCAGGAGAUAGGAACUUCGCCAUCGGCUACUACCUGAAAGAAAAAAAGUGUUUCCCAGAGGGGGCAGACAUGACCUCUGUACUGGACUUGUACUUUCAACUCUGCUCCAUUGAGGUGACAUGUGAGAGUGCCAGUGUCAUGGCGGCCACCCUGGCCAACGGGGGUAUCUGCCCAAUCACGGGCGAGCGCGUGCUGAGCCCAGAGGCGGUGAGGAACACGCUGAGUCUGAUGCACUCCUGUGGCAUGUACGACUUCUCAGGACAGUUUGCUUUCCAUAAAUCCAGACGGCAGGGAAGACGGGCAGGGAGUCUAGAAGGCCUGUACACAGAGAAGAAACAAUGUCAGGAGGAAACUCUAGGAGAUCAAAGGGAACACUUUAAUGGGCUAGGCUACACUGACGCUAGUUUCAGACUUUCUGUCUUUGUAUUUCAGGACCUGGUGGAGCUUUUCAACUUCCACAACUACGACAAUCUGAGGCACUUCGCCAAGAAGCACGACCCUCGCAGAGAAGGAGGCGACCAGCGGGUCAAGUCUGUCAUCAACCUGCUGUUUUCCGCCUACACUGGGGACGUGUCAGCCCUGAGGAGGUUCGCGCUGUCAUCCAUGGACAUGGAGCAGAGGGACUACGACUCGAGGACGGCCCUGCACGUUGCAGCAGCUGAAGGACACAUAGAGGUGGUUCGCUUUCUGCUGGAGGCUUGCAAGGUGAAUCCAGUACCCAGAGACAGAUGGGGGAACACACCGAUGGAUGAGGCGGUGCAUUUCGGCCACCACGACGUGGUCACCAUGCUGCAGCAGUACCACGAGAAAUACAGCCCGCCCUCCGAUGACGAGCACAAGACCAGCCAUGAGAAGAGCCUGGACAGCCUUCUGUGAGACCUGCUGCAGGUUUCUACGGAGGACCGGAGGAGGAAAAACUUUGUAGACCAACGCUCAGGCUUCUGUUGAAUUAUUUAGCUGCUCUGCUGUGAUUUGAUUUUUGGCCGUAAAUGGUUGCUUGUUCACGUCUAUCGAAAUGUGAGCGUGAGCGACUUAAACUCAUAUUUAAAGUGUUUACGGUAUUACUCCUGUAAUCUCACAGUACUGUAAACCACAUUUCUAGGAUGUAGCUUGUACUAGUUUAGUAUUUUGUUAGUUUUACUCUCACUGUACAUGUGUUGUGAGCUGUGUGGAAAUUAUGGUGUAAUUUAUGCGAUGUGUAGUUACGGGUGUGCUUGAUUUACAUUCCUGCCUCUGUGCUCAUUUGCGAGGUCACCAGCAGGUUCUCAGAGAUUGUACUCAAGAAUGUAUUUUUCAGUGGAAAAACUUGCAAUAGAAACAAUUUGUAUUUAUUUCAGACUUUUUAAAGAUGGAAAUUAAUUUCAGAGCGUGUGAGACGGACGGAAGAUUGUGUGAUUUGUUGCAUUUUGUGGUUUAUUUUGUCAGCAUGGUUACAUUUGGGUAUUUAAUUUGGGCGGACUAUAAUAUCAAUAUAAUGUUGAUUGGCAUACAUUUUAGGGCAAUGUUUACAGUGACAACCUGAUCUGGCUUUGUGCGGUAAUUCUCAGACAUUAUUUUCAGAUGUUUUUCUUUCCACAUGUGGAAUAUAGUCAUUGUUUUUAACCCGUGAAAUUUAAUUUGCAAAUAUAUAAACAUGAACAACACGUACAAUAAUUAUAAUCAAAACUACAUACUUAAAUUUAAUGUCCAUGUGAGUGUUUUCAUGGUGUCAGUUGGAGUUCGUGUAUUUCAUGGAAAAAUGCCAAAUAAAAAGCUGGAAUAGAAACCUC